CCCCCCAGCACGUGCCCACCGCCCGGCUCCUGAAACAUAAACAUAAAUGUUUUCCCCCGGCUCUCUCUCUGGCCCUGUCCGCACCAGAAGGCUCCUGAGGCCGCCGCAGUCAUGGAAGGUUCCGGUAAAACACCGAAGACGCAUCCCGAUGGGCCGGCGGUGGACAUGAAGUCCGCAGAGGCGGACUCUGGCGCCCAGGACUGCGGGAAGAGUCGGGGCUCCUGCCGGGAGAGAAUGCGGGGCUUGAUUCCAGAGGAGUACCGCAACGAGCUGAUCCAUUUGUUCAGACUGGCGGGACCUGUGAUCAUUUCCCAGCUCAUGGUCUUCUUGAUCAGUUUCGUCAGCAUGGUGUUCUGCGGUCACCUUGGGAAAAUAGAGCUGGCGAGCGUGUCUCUGUCCAUUGCGAUCAUCAACGUCACAGGUAUUUCCAUUGGCACCGGCCUGUCGUUAACCUGUGAUACCCUCAUCUCGCAGACGUUUGGGAGCGGAAACCUGAAGCGGGUCGGUGUGAUUCUGCAGAGGGGGGUUCUGAUUCUGCUGCUCGCCUGCUUCCCCUGCUGGGCGGUCCUCAUCAACACCGAGCCUCUGCUGCUCGCCUUCAAGCAGAACCCAGAGGUCUCCAGACUCUCCCAGCUGUAUGUGAACAUCUUCAUGCCUUCGCUGCCAGCUUCUUUCAUGUACCAGCUGCAGAGCCGAUACCUCCAGAAUCAGGUGACAUACACUUACACACAAAGGUUGAAGGGUUCAGUAAUGAACAUUUACACUAACUGCAGAUUUCUAAAUUGUUUCCAGAGGAUCAUAUGGCCUCAAGUCAUAACUGGAGCCAUUGGAAACAUCUUUAACGCAAUAAUUAACUAUGUCUUACUCUACCCGCUUGAUCUGGGAGUUGCCGGUUCUGCAGCAGCUAAUGCCAUCUCCCAAUUCCUGCUGGCUGUGCUUCUGUUUGUCUACAUCUGCGUAAAGGGUCUGCAUAAAGCCACAUGGGGAGGGUGGUCCCUGGAGUGUCUGCAGGAGUGGGGGCCGUUCGUCAAGCUGGCCAUCCCCAGCAUGCUCAUGCUCUGUCUGGAAUGGUGGAUAUUUGAAGUGGGGGGUUUCUUGGCUGGGAUGAUUGGUGAGGCUGAGCUGGGAGCCCAUUCUGUUGCGUAUCAGCUGGCUGUGAUCGCGUACAUGUUUCCUUUAGGAAUCUCAGCAGCUGCCAGUGUUCGGGUUGGAAAUGCUCUUGGUGCAGGAAAAGUAGAGCAGGCCAAGCUGUCCUGUAAAGUUCCCAUCAUCUGUGCAUUCAUAAAUGCAUUUAUAAUGGGAACAAUCCUGGGAUCCACCAAAGAUGUUAUUGGAUACAUUUUCACCUCAGACCAAGAAAUUCUGGACAAGGCUCCUGGCGUCGUUUUUGUCCUCGGCUUCACGCAUUUCUUUGACUGUAUCGCGGGAAUCACCGGCGGGAUUCUCAGAGGAGCCGGCAAACAGAUGGUCGGUGCUCUGUGCAACCUGGUGGGCUACUACCUGUUCGGCGUUCCUAUCGGCGUGUCUCUGAUGUUUGCCGCCCACAUGAGCGUGGAAGGGCUGUGGACGGGACUCACAGUCUGUGUGUUCAUGCAGUCCACUUUCUUCUUGAUAUAUCUGUGGAAACUGAAUUGGAAGAAAGCUUCAGAGGAGGCUCAGGUGAGAGCAGGAGUCCAGAUAAAAGACGAGAAGGAGGCGGUCGGCAUGGAAACUACAGCCUAUAAUCAGAGCCAAGUGAGUGUGACGGCGCCCCCGUGUGACGGGGAGGACCGCACAUACGAGAAGGUGAGCAUCCCAGAGGAGAUUAAAGCCACCAACAAGACAGUGGGGGAUGUUCUGUCGGUGAAGCAGCUGGUUCUGCGGCGAGGCUUGGUGCUGCUGCUCAUGCUCGUCAUCCUCGCCGCCGGGAUUAUUGCCUCAAGGCUCCUCACUAGUCUGCUGCAGUGAUCCGCCGUUGCUUGAUUGGACUAUUUUUGGCAAUUUGGAGUUGCUUAGACCUUCAAGGACUUCAGCUGGAGAGAAUAUGCACUCCAAAAAAUAAAAAAAUCCUGAUAUUUUUAUGAGGGCUUUAAUAGAACAUUUAUGUAUGACGGGGAAUUAGGGCCACUUUGUAACAAAAAUUACAACUUUAAACUCGUAAAUUUACGAGAAAAAAGUCGUAACUGCUAAAUUAUGAAAACAAAGUUGUAUGUUUAUGUCUUUAAAAGUCAUAGACUAAAUUUAUGACUUUUA